CGCGCGCUCACACGGAGUCACCAGGCGUUUUCAAGACUGGAGCCAGCGCUGUCCCCCUUAGUGUACCUAUCUGAUGGCUACUUCCAGCAGGAUAAAGCACCAUGUCACAAAGCUCAAAUAAUCUCAAACUGGUUUCUUGAACAUGACAAUGAGUUCACUGUACUCCAAUGGCCUCCACAGUCACCAGAUCUCAAUCCAAUAGAGCACCUAUGUAUGUGUUGGAACAGAAGAUUUGCAUCAUGGAUGUGCAGCUGACAAAUCUGCAGCAACUGCGUGAUGCUAUCAUGUCAAUAUGGACCAAAAUCUCUGAGGAAUGUUUCCAACACCUUGUUGAAUCUAUGCCACAAAGAAUUAAGGCAGUUCUGAAGGCUAAUGGGGGUCCUACUCGGUACUAGCAAGGUGUACCUAAUAAAGUAGCCGGUGUAAUGCAGUCUUCAGCCAAUUAUCACUCGAUCCCUGGUAGCUUUGUAGUUCCUUCAGCACCACCCUCUUACGAAGAAGCAACAUUAUGCAGCCAACCACCGUGUGCUCCGCCUCCCCUGGGGAUGGACGUGAAAAACAUGAACAGUGCCCCUUUUGUGGUUCAGCCAAUGCCUGUUUGCACUCCUGUUACAGUUCAGACCGUGUAUGUUCAGCAGCCAGUAACAUUUUAUGACCGUCCUGUGCAUAUGUGUUGCCCCUACUGUACCAGGAUGAUUACCACCCGCCUGGUGUUCAGUUCAGGGGCACUGACCUGGCUAUCCUGUGGUGGUCUGUGCCUAUUGGGGUGCGGUGCUGGUUGCUGUCUUAUUCCCUUCUGCGUUGAUGCUCUCAAGGACGUAGAUCAUUUCUGUACAAACUGCCAUCGGAUUGUGGGAUCAUUUAAACGUAUCUGAGCAAAGCUCAGAUAGAACAGACUUCACAUUUUUAUAAAAUCCUUUUGUGCUGGGACCAAAACUAUACAACAUUGUGUUUGUGGCAUAGAAUAUAACAUACAUCACGUGAAUGUGACUACACAUGUGCAGAUACUGUAGGUUAUUAUAGAAUAUAACAU